UCCAAUCAGCAGCUUCCUCCUCUCAUGGUCCAANCAGCAGCUUCCUCCUCUCUGGGGGCUGCAGGGGCUGAUGGGAGCUCUGGUUCCUCUGCUCUGAUCUCUCAGCUCGUCCUUGUUUGGCCUCAGCUGCAUCAGAGCCACUUCUCCCCAGGUUCACCAGAGGAAACUCCACUGCACACAAUGCUUUUCCUCCCAGCUGCUGCUCUGUGCUGGCUGGGUUCAGCGCUGGCUGCCAUGGCAACACACCUGGUUCAGGACGACCUGACUCUGACCAGGAGGUCCGGGCAGAGCGUCUCCAUCAGCUGUGGAGGAAUUGAUCAGUGUGGUAGUAAUUACAUCUACUGGUACCAGAAGAAAGAAACAGAAACUUUCAAACCGAUACUUCGAUUUGAUACAAGUAAUUCCAACAUAUACAAAGGCUACAAUCAUCCUCAGCAAGAUGAUUUCUCAGCUGAAAAUAUCCAGAACAGUUGUUCAUUGAAGAUCAAUAAAGUGAAACUGGAUCAUUCAGCCUCCUACUACUGCGGCUGCUGGAAGUCUGGUCCCCACAGUGAGAAAUUUUCUCUGUUCUGCUUGUUUCUGCCGUGUCCAGGUAGAACAGUGGUUCCGCCCAAGGUGUCUGUGUGUCCGGUGAAAACAGAAAGUCAUGUGGAGGGAAACACGGCUCUGAUGUGUCUGGCCUCAGCCAUGUAUCCUCCUCUGGUCCAGAUCUCCUGGAAAAGACAGAAGGGCAGCAGCCAGGAGGAGUCGGCUCCGGCUGAGGAGAAACAGCAGGAGAUCAGCGGGUCGAGAAGUUCUGCCRUCAUCAGGCUGGUUAGAAACGAGACGCUCUACAGUUAUGAAUACAUCUGUGAAGUUCAGCAUGAGGGCGGCAAGGUGACGAACCAAACACGGCUCCUAGAACCUGCAGAACCUCCAGCUCCAACCGGGUCUGGAGCAGCAACUGAUCGGCCAGCAGCUCCUGCGCCGCCAGCAGCAGCAGCGUCUGUCCGUCCUCAGCUCCCAGUGAGGCUCCCAGUGAGGCUCCCAGGGUCCUUCCAGCCUGGCUGCAGGGUGAAGCUGCUCUGCCUGCUCUACUCGGUGCUGAUAGUGAAGAGUCUGGUGUUCUGCUGUGGACUCUCUCAGCUGAUGGUCCUCAGGACCAAGGGACCGGCCCCCAGCUGAACCUCUGCUGCUCACAUCGCAUCUCAGCUUUAAGACACAGGACAAUCUGUGGAAUGUACUUUGAUUUAUUUUGCUGCAUUUUAUUAUAAUGAUUUAUUUUUGCUUUUCACUUUUUACAGUGUUGUAGAUUCUACAGAUUUAUUCAUUCUGUAUUUGAAUAAACUCAAACAUUUCUUUCUGAUGUUUCUCACUUUUUAUAACUUUUAACUGACCUGAAUGUAAUGAAAUUAAAA